AUGGCAUGUCCACCCGACAAUCACCAUGAAACGGUUUCCAGCUGUGAUCUUCAUUUCCUGUCCGGGGAUGACAAAGAUGAGGAGCUACUAUCUCAGUGGCACCGCGAUAUCGCCUAUCGCCUACUGACAGAUCACAGUCGCGCUUUAACUUAUGCGUUGGCCGAUGGAUUGCUUCCCGGUAGACAGGGACUGCCUCUCAAACUCCGACAGCUCAUUCAACGGGCUGUCCGUGCGGCUGUCCUGACUGGGCUCGAACGCGAACGCACGGGUUCCUCGCUUUUGUCCUCCUUGGUUACCGAAGUGGCCAAACAAGCCAACCUAAUGGAGGCUUCUGUCUCCACUGAAUUGCAGGGUCCAAGUGCGCGUCAGCCAAGCAGUCUGUCUUACGAAGAGAUGAGGUCGGUAAUAGACCAUGAAGUGCACGCUUUCAUUCCACGUAUACAUGACAUGGAACUGGCAUUUGGCCGUUGUCUUGAAGAAUCACCUAACACCACACAACUUUCAGCCCAACAAGUUGAUGGCCUUAUGAAUGGUAAAUACGGCACUCCGGUCUCUUGGGACUUGUUGUGUGCACAGUCUCGUUGGUUUGGUCUUUGCAUCCCUGAUGUCCCCGCGCAAUCUCGAGGAUCCAGAACGAGUUCGCGUCACUCUAUCAACACUCAACAACCUGUCUCUUUGCCCCGUCACUUUCACAACGCAUCUAUUCCGUUCACGGUGGAUUCUGCAAAAUAUAACUACACCAAAUCAUCCGAUCAGUCUUACGGUGAGUUUGAUCGAGUCAUGCGCCGUUUGAGCAUCACUUAGACCUAGAUGCAUCUUCACAAACACGAGUUAACUUCUCUGAUUUCGUACUGCAUUUCUAAUUCUUGCAUUUGUCGUCUUGACACCUCUCAGAGUUAGAUCGAAUUGUUUUUCUGUUUAGUCUAAAUGAAAUAUACUUUCCCUACA